UUAGUGAGAGAGAGAGUGAGAGAGGGGGAGAGAAAUUUAGUGAGAGAGGAAGUGAAAGUGAGAGUCCUCUUAGUAACAGCGACAACAGACUACCAUGGCGACUGUUAAUGUUUGUCUGAUGAGGUGAAGGCCUAGGGAUCUCUUGGAUUGUCUACUGACUGUUGCUCACUGCACCUAUUCGUGUGUAUGCACGAACCGAACCCUCUACUCUACACAGGCUGGAACAAAUUUAAUAUUCAAGCAUAUAUACAUAUACAAGAUAUAUAUACAGCGAAGAAUUUAUAUACGCAGUCUUGAAAGAUAUUCACUUUUACCAUGUUGUGUGGAAAGGAUCCACCUCUACUUUUUGUUUGAUCAUUAUGGGAUAAAGUGAUGUGGACAAGACACUAGAUAGAUGGAUGAAUGAAUAGGUAAAUACAUAUACACAGAGAGAAAACGGGAAGACCUACAAGACGAAUAUAUACGUUUAGAAAACAGAAAAAUAGUCCAGACUUACAACACGUAAAAUAAUUUAUAUAUAUAUAUAUGUAUGUACAUUCUCUUAUAACACACACGUGUAUGUAUAUUUAUUUAUGUGUGUGUGUUAUAUAUACACCUAUUGUUGCAUAUAUUUAUACUUCUGUUUAGUAACAAGAACGUUUUGUCUUGUAUAAUUAACAUAUACCAAUCUUGUUAACAUGACUGAAUAUAUAUGAAUAUACAUUAUCUUAUGGUCUGUGUGGUGAUAUGUAUUGUAUACAUUUUCCUGUAUGCACCUUUAACAUAACUGAAUAUAUGCUUUCAUUGCCAACUGGUUGUGUAGAUUCAUUACACAGCAUGCGUAUAUAUAAUACACAACAGCAUUUUAUGCUUCAUUUAUCUAUUUGACAUCACGAGUAUGUUUGCUACGUGAAUUGAUAAAGUGUGUAAAUUGUUUAUUUUACUUGUGCAUAGAUUGAAACAUUUGGUGUGAAACUGGUUACUAAUAACGAAUAGGGGACAUUCUUAAAAAGGGGACAUUGGGCUGCCUUCACCGUUUGUUGUUGGUGAGCCUGGAGGAAGAAGGGGAGGAAAGAGUGAUAAAAGAGAGUAAGUUGGAGGGGAAGUGUGAGAGAAAGAGUGAAAACUUAAAGUGAGGGGUUGAGAGAGAAAUCAUAGAGACAGCAAGACCGCGGUAAAAUGUAAAUACACACACGCACAUAUAUAUAUGUUAUGUAUGUGUAAUUGUGUGAGAGAUAUUAUUGUUACGUAUUUAUUUAUAUAUAUAUCAGAUAUAAUAUAUAUUAAAUUAUGACAAAAGAAUCUCGAAGUCUUUCACAGAAAAGAAACAAGAGCAAGGAGAGUGAAGAGGAAAAUAAAUAGAAAAGGUGAGAGGGGGGACACAUAUUCAGGGAAAUACUAAUCCACAUGUACACACAUACACACACAAGGCGUAGGGAUAGAGCGAUAAGAGAGUGGAACUAGGUAGAAAUAGACGAAGUAUAAAGAGAAUUCUUGAUAAUAGGCAGAGAGUGAAAAAGAGAUAAAAAGACAGAGUGGUGUGUAUGAGAGAGAAGGUGAAGAGAGUUGUUGGAAGAACAACAAUAUGAUGAUGAACAACCAGGCUGGUGCCACCGCCACCACGGCGGCGGCGGCGGCAACGGCGACUGGAAAUAAGAAGAAAUCGGGCAGCUUUUUGAGUCGGCAGGUGAAGAGCAAACACGACAACCACCAGCAACAAAUACAUCAUACACAGUCCAAGAAGGGGACGGCGACGACUGGUAAUGGCGGAGACGGUAGUGAGCCCUUACUGGGUGAGGAGGAACUGGCCAGGAGAGGUAACAUCACCCCUGAAGAAGUACUACGUCUGGAGAAAGUCACGGAAGGUUACCUUUGUCCUCCUGAAGCCAAUAUAUAUGGGAUAGAUUUCAUUCGAUUCAAGCUAAGGGACUGUGAUACAGGAGAAACAUUGUUUGAAGUUCUCAAACAAGAAGACACAGAAGAUGAUGAAGAUGUAAUUCAAAAGACACCAGAUCGAGAAGAAGUUGACCCUAAUGCUGGAAGGUUUGUACGAUACCACUUCACACCACAGUUUUUAAGACUGAAAACCGUUGGAGCAACUGUAGAAUUUGUUGUCGGCAACAAACCAGUGAAAGAUUUCCGAAUGAUUGAACGUCACUAUUUCCGGGAAAAGCUACUGAAAAGUUUUGAUUUUCAUUUUGGUUUCUGCAUUCCCAGUAGUGUAAACACUUGUGAACAUAUUUAUGAAUUCCCAGCUCUCUCAGACUAUGAAAUUGAAGAUAUGAUUCGAAGUCCAUAUGACACAAGAUCGGAUAGUUUUUACUUUGUCGAAAACAAGUUGAUCAUGCACAACAAAGCAGAUUAUGCCUACAAUGGCAUGUGGGACGAAGACAACCAGAGAUAGAUGCAGUGGCUGCACAUGGUAUUGGUCCGCAGCCUAUACAUUCUUGGAUUUCUACCAACUGAUCAUAAACCUUCACCAAGCCCUCAUCACCCCAUCAUAUCUUAUGCCUUGCCUUAUGCAGGCUGCUGUGGGAUAUGAUAUUCAACAUUGUAGUAUGAAUGUAUAUGUUUAUGUGUUAGUGUAUAUAUACAAGUUUAUGAACAUAGCUGGUGUGUGUAUGGGUUUGAUCCAACUGCAUGGUAUCAAGCGAGCGUCUUUUACUAUAAGCCUUGGAUCAAUUCAAGCCUUGUGCAAGAAAUUGGAUAGACAGAAACUUUAGGAGCCCAUCGGAUGAACCAUGCUAGUAAUUCAAAGUGUCAACUAUGUAAAUUGAUUCUGCCUGAGAAUUAUAUUAAGGGUACAAGUGUCUCUGGAAUACUCAGCCAUUUAUAUUAUGAUUCAAUGAGUGGUAUACUUAUAAGAACAAUCAUCUAAUUACUAUUAUGUUUGUAUGUUAAUGUAUAGUUAUACUACUUCAGGUAUAUGAAAAAGAUCUAUCCAGUGUAUUUUUGGUUCAAGGUGUUUGUAGAUGUACAGUAUGCACACACACAUGCAAGUGUAUCUGGAGUUUCUAUAUGUUUGCACAGUUGAAUGUAUUUGUAUGCUAGUGUGUAUGUAUUUAUUAUACAUUUCCAGUAUGUAUGCAGUACGAAGGCAAAAGUGUUGUAGAAUUAGGUGGUGAUGAUGACUGGUGUGAAAUAGUGUCUGUCAGUAGCUGUUGUAGUAUUGACUACAUCCAUCAUUGGACACACUCCCAACUACCGUACCAACAUUCUGAUUAUGUUCCAUUCUUCUUUCCAUCCCCACUUCAACACACUUUUGUUCUACAGUUUUCUUGUUGUUAUUGCCAUAAGGAAAGAAAUCAGAAUACAGAGACACACACACACUCCUAUAUUUAAAUUUACAUAUACACAACAGAAAUUAACAAUUUACCCUUCGUAAACCAUUGAUAAACACACACAGCACAAGACAGCUUUCCAUUUCAGCAAUAUGGAGUCAACUUGAAGGUUAACUAGAGCAUUUAAUAAAGAAAUAGACAAAGUUUA